AUGGCUGCUGUGGCUUCGCUGGGUGGCUCACAUUCGAAAUGUGCAAUUUCUAUGACUAUCGCAAAAAUCAGGUUGACCAUGAUCGAAGACAAACAGAAGUUCAAUCUGCACAGCUUAAAACAUAAGAAAAGUCAAUGUCAUAUAUGCAGCCGACUCGUUAGAUCAGGCAACUUAAAGAAACACAUCAGGUUGCAUACAGCAGCUCCAUCAGUUUGUUCUACUUGCGGAGUAACGUGCAAAAAUUUUGGAAGUUUAAGAUCUCAUAUCUUUCAUUACCACAAGCAUACUGCUCAUCAAUACAUUUGUGAAGAAUGUGGUAAAAGCUUUCGAAUAAAAUAUAGUUUCUUACUGCAUAAAAGAAAGGCUCAUAUCGGUCUAAGGAACUUUAAAUGCAACACGUGUGGAAAAGCUUUCAUUACCAACGCCAAUUUAUUAAGACAUGUCCGAAUGACUCACGAAAAACUGAGACCUCAUGUUUGUGAAUAUUGUGGUGCUGGCUUUUUUUGUAAGCCUGUUUUAAGAGCUCAUAUCAGACAACAUACCAAUGAAAAACCGUUCGUUUGUCAGCUUUGCUUAGAAGGGUUUAGACAGCGGGUUUCAUUACGGACCCAUUUGAAAUCAAAACAUGGAAUAGUAGAAGCCAAGGAAUUCUUUUGUAAAACGUGUGAGAAAGGUUUCGCUACAAAUGACGCUUUGAAUAUACAUCAAAGGGUACACGAAUUUAAGAAGUGUGAAAUGUGUUCAGCAAAUUUUGGUGCAGAUGAAUAUCUGACAAAACAUCUUAGAGAAGUUCAUCAAGUAAAAGUAGAAAUGAAACAAGAGAGUUAA